AUGAUCUUCUUCUUCUUCAGUCUGCUCAUUGUGUGUACUAGUAUCUUCCUAAUAUCAAAGAAGAAACUACUCAGCUUUGAGUUCUUUUCAAUGUUUAUGUAUCUGAACGGAAUGCUGCUUCAACUGUUCUAUUACUGCUGGUACGGAAACGAGCUUGAGUUGAAGAGUAAAGACAUUGCAACAGCUGUUUAUUCCUGUGACUGGACAAUGGUGACACCGCGAGAACGCAGAUCGCUGAUGCUGAUUAUGAUAAGCAGUCAAAAAGGAAUAAUGUUCUCUUAUCAUGGGGUAUUUGCGUUAUCUCUUAAUACUUUUACUUGGAUUUGCAGGACUUCUUAUUCGGCUUAUAACCUCCUGCAGCAAGCAUCGAACUGAUCAACUAUCUCAUUAAAUGUAAUGAAAAAAUAAUAUUUAUUUUGCUCU